AUCAUUCAGCUAAUCACACAAUAAUUUCAUAUCAUCAAUUUCAAUCAUUCGAUUUAAUAUCAUUACAAUCACAUUUUUUUUCCUAUUCCAUUUGUUAUCAAUUUAGUUUUGUUAUUAAGAUAGGUAAUUGAGGCAUUUAAAAACCACAACACGAUUUGUGCACAACAAGACAAUUUUCCGAACAAUAUGUUAUAUUUUAAUGAUAAAGCCAAAGGAAUUCUUUCUGUAUUCGGUGGUUUUCUUAUCCAUCUAAUUCUUGGAACUUUUUAUACGUUGGGUAAUGUCAACACAUAUUUGACAUCAUAUCUUCGUGUACAUGUUGAUCCAACUGUUACUUAUGCAUCAUCCAUAUGGAUCAAUGCAGCAUUUCUAUUGGGCCAAGGUUCAUUGAUGAUGGUCGGUGGAAUAUUGGAAAAUAAAAUUGGUCCAAGAUUCACUUGUUUGAUUGGUUCAUCAAUAUUCAGUGUUUCCGUUGGAUUAACUUAUUUCACAAUCGAUUGGGGUUUCAUAUGGGUUGUAUUCACAUAUGGAUUUCUAUCUAGUUUGGGUGUUGGUAUGGCAUAUGUUGCACCAUUAGCUGCCGGUAUGAAAUGGUUUCCUAAACAAAAAGGCCUUGUGAAUGGAAUUAUUGUUGCCGGAUACGGACUUGGUGCAUUAGUUUUUAACUAUGUUCAAACUGCAUACUUGAAUCCAUUGAAUCUAUCACCAAAUCCAGAUGGUUAUUUUUAUGCUGAAUCAAUUCUUUCACGUGUACCAAAUUUAUUCAUCUUAUUAUUUGCAAUAUAUAUUACUGUCCAAUUGAUUGGAUGUUGUUUGGUAUUCACACCACCUCGACAACCAAAUGAAAUCAUUUUUGAAGAAGGUCGAUUUUUACUUAUAAGUUCACCGGAUGAUGAAUCAACAUUUGAAGCACCAUUAGCCGAUAAUAAUAGUUCUGGUUUGAAUCCAAAUGGUGGAUAUAGUAGCUGUGAAGAUCAGGAUGGAAAUACUAUUAUGAGACAACCAUUACAACAAAUGGAUCUUACAUAUAAGCAAGCCAUUCGAACUAGAGAAUUUCUACUGAUGUGGUUAAUGUUUGCACUGAGUACACAAGCCGUACAAUUUGUCAAUACAAUGUACAAAGCAUUUGGUUCACAAUUCAUUCCGGAUGAUCAUUUUCUUGCAUUUGUCGGUUCAAUUGCAUCAAUAUUCAAUGCUGGUGGUCGUUUAUCAUGGGGCCUAUUUUAUGAUAAAACAUCAUUCCGUACAUGUAUCAAUACAUUAUGUGGAUUAUUAUCCAUAUUGAUGUUUACAUUCCAAGUUUCUAGUUAUUAUCAAAGUAAAUUAUUAUUCUCCAUAUGGGUGAUUUCUAUAUUCUUCACAUUUUCUGGAAUAUUUGUGAUCUUUCCCACCGCUACCGCACAAGUAUUUGGACGUUCACAUGCUGGUACUAUCUAUGGAUUUUUAUUCACAGCUCCGGCAUCCAUAUCCUUAUGUGGCGCAUUUUUGAUUUCAAUCAUAUUGAAAAAUUUCGGUUGGUUUGGAUCAUUUGCCAUGAUUUCAAUAUUUUCUUCAUUGGUGCUGGUAUUGUUGAUAUAUUUUCCUCGAGAUAUCACACAUCUUAGAAAUCGUGUUAAUUUUACUUGAAAACCAAAAAUAAUCAUGAUGAAUUUUAAUAAGCAUUUCGAAGCAUAAUAUCAUCGAUUGAAUCCUUU